UUGGCGACAGUCUAAUGAAAAGCAAUGAUUUGAGUUUGCUUUCCCUAGUCCUAUUCGCGUGUAAGCUAUCUUAUGGCUUCUAACGGGAAACAAACAGAGAGCGAAACCGGAGUGCGCACGAGUAAACUGAGUGCGUACGAGAAAUUGACGCGUGAAUUAGAGAUCGACCAGAAGACAAUCAAGGAAGUGACUCUCGGCAAACGUGUUGGGCUCUAUCGCGUUCGAGGAGAGCUAGGUGUAGGAAACUUCUCUCAAGUGAAGAUGGGAAUUCACGCCUUGACGAAGGAGAGAGUAGCAAUAAAGAUUUUGGAUAAGACGAAAAUGGACUCGCAAACACAACGACUUUUAUCUCGGGAAAUCAGCUGUAUGGAAAGACUGCACCAUCCUAAUAUUAUUCGCCUCUACGAGGUGGUUGAGACGAUCACCAAGCUGCACAUCGUUAUGGAAUGCGCAACAGGCGGAGAAUUACUUGCUAGGGUGUCGAAAGAGGGCAGGUUGCGAGAAGAAGAUUCCAAACCCAUCUUUGCUCAAAUUGUAGCAGCACUCCAUCACAUGCAUGAAAAGGAAAUUGUUCACAGAGACAUGAAAGCUGACAAUAUUAUGUUCUCAUCUGAUGGUGUGGUGAAAGUUUGUGACUUUGGAUUCAGUACAACAGCAAAUUGUCAAGAUCUGCUUAACACCUACUGUGGGUCUCCUCCCUAUGCAGCCCCAGAACUGUUCCAAGAUGAAAGCUAUGUUGGAUUUCCUGUUGAUAUUUGGGCAAGUGGAGUAAUCCUCUAUUUUAUAGUGACAGGCAAUAUGCCGUUUUAUGCUGACACUGUAGGAAAAAUGAAAAAGUGUAUUUUGUCAGGAAUGUAUAGGAUGCCUGACUUCCUUUCGACUGAAUGUCAGUCUCUUAUUACAUCACUUCUGCAGUGUAAUUCAAAGACACGAGCAACGACAGAUCAGAUAAUGCAAAACAGUUGGCUUGCUGGGGAACACUUUCCGGCUGCUCUUCCCCCGUAUGCUCUUCACCCUCACGAUGGAGUUACUGAUGACAACUCUGUGGAAGCACAAGCUCUAUUGGAUGAUUAUGGUAUAACAGAUGAACACUUAGAAGGAUCUAUGGCAAAUUCCCGAAGUAGUGUCACAGGAACAUACCGUAUUAUUUUGCAUCAGUUGCAUAGGAAAAGUUCAGUUGCUCAAUCUCAUACAAUCCCAACUGUAAUUGCAAAUGAUGAAGUAGCAGUGAGGACCAAGAAGAGCUGCAAUGUAACUGUUGAAAGAAAUACAAGAAAUAGACAAACGUCUGUUCACACCAAAGUGUGUGCUAUCUUAUAG